UUUCAGACCCUGCAGAGCCUCUUCAGGGAUAAAGGAUCCAUCGAGUCCAUCCGGUUUCGCUCUGUGGUCAGAGAGGACCCGUCCAUGUCCCGCAAAGUGGCGGCGAUUCAACGUAAAGUCCAUCCCAAAAAGCAAAGCAUCAACGCCUACGUGGUGUUCAAAGACGAGGACGGCGUCUCGAAGGCGUUGGAGAGGAACGGCCUGGAGAUCGAGAAAGACUUCCACAUCCGAGUGGACCGAGUGACGGACGACUCGGCGCACGAUCACAAACGCUCCGUGUUCGUGGGGAAUCUUUCAUUCGAGAUGCAUGAACUGGCUUUUCGGCGGCACUUUGAAGAGUGCGGCAAAGUGGAGGCGGUGCGUCUGGUGCGAGACCAGAACUCUGGACUCGGGAAAGGAUUCGGUUACGUCCUGUUUGAGAGCGCCGACUCGGUGCAGCUGGCGUUGGAGUUGGACGGCACCAAACUGGAGGGCAGGGCCAUCCGGGUGAAAAGGUCUGUGAAGAAGGAGAAGCAGAAGAGUAAAACGGACAGCGGAGGGACUACGGGGAGGGCCGGCAAGGGCCCCAUGAAGGGCCCCAUUAAGGGGUCGGUGCAGCAGAGAGGAGGCAGUCGGGGAGGUUUCAAAUCUCAAAAGAAAUUCUCUGGAAAGCAGCAAACGUCGACAAACAGCUCCUUCAAAGGCGAGAUGGUGGAUCCAAACAAAAAGAGUAAAAAGAAAGGACUGAAGAAGAAAGCGAAGCCGAAAAAGAGUGUUCACAUCUGAAAUCUGACGCACGGUUACAGAAAUAAAACUGUCUGACUGAACCCAGCUGUGAUCCUUCCUCUGAAAAUAUCCUCUCCAAGAAGCCUUUGUCUUACCGUAAAACUUCAAAUAAAAGCACAGUCACAGUCAAACAUGCAGUCCCUUUCAGUAUAAAGCCGGCGUGGCGACGACCAUUGACCAUCAAAGGCCCGUCUCAGUUAGAGGCUAAACGUAAUACCAAUCUGCAUCUUUUAAUGUAAUAAUCCCAAAAACAUAAUACUUGUUGCCACUGCAAACGUAAUACCAAAUUUUCUUGCAGAUGUCCAGAAAAGAUGUCAUAAAGAUGUCUUUUUUGGACAUUUGCAGGAAAUUUCUUAUGUUUGUAGUUAGCAACAGCUAUGGUGUUUAUGGGAAAUUUGUGAUGUUUGUGGGAUCGCUACAUUAAAAGCUGCAAAUUAGUUUUACGUAUGCUAUAAUAAAUAUCUCAAAACUUAAAAAAAAAAAAAA